UCUCUUCAUGUGCUUCUGUCUUGACUCCUUUUGAGUCUCUUUAGUUAAAGUUUCCUUGUCUCCCUGUGUGCACGUGAUUUACUGUGUUAUUAUAUUCAAUAUGAAAUUAUUUAAUAAAUACAGCUCGGAAGAUGAAGGCAGCGAUGCAGAAAUGUCUACAAAGCCUGCGGUGAAUUCGGAAGAAUCUGAGCAUUCUGCCGAUGAGGGUGAGGAAGAGGUGGAAGAGGAGGAGGAGGUAGAGGAGGAAGAAAAAGCGGAGCCGGUGGAAAUGGACACCGACAAUUCGGAAACGGCAGACGAGGAGGAAAUUCCAGCGGGAUCUGGACAUCCAUAUCCGACACCGCCACCAGAUGCGAUUGCCAAUAUGUCGUUGGGAAAUGGAGUUAAAAAGAUCCACAUUGAAAAUGUAAAGGCGAAGAAGGAAAAACAACCAAAAACAAAAAUGGCGUCGACAAAAAAAGUGAUGGCAACUGAGCAAGUCAAAGCAAUAAAGAAGAGCACAAUUUCCAUAGCUAUGUCUGCCAUUGAAGCGUUGUCCGAUCGCUCCGGCUCCUCAGUACAAGCUAUAGUUAAAUACAUUAAAUCUACCGAUUACGAAGUGACCGAUGAACGACGCUUUUCCAAGCUCGUGCUUAAAGCUCUCAAGGCGGCUGUGAUCAAGGGCGACCUUACACAGGUGAAGCGUUCCUUUAAGCUUUCGGAGGCUGCGAAGAACAAGUCGAAGGCAUUAGAAAAAAUGAAGGCGAAAAUGGAAAAGAAGCGUGAAAAAGAAGUGGAAAAAGAGAAACUAAAGAAGGCAGCGAUAAAGCCAAAGGCAACAGCAAAGGUGAAGACUGUGAAGACAAAGCCGUCGGAGCGAAAAACUAAGCCCAGCAAAAAGGCCACAAAAGGCGAUCCAAAGCUGGCUACAGUCGCGGGAAAUGCCAAGGCGACAGCAGCUGCCGAAGCUCAGGCUGCACUCGAUGAGCCUCAAGAGUCCCCGCAAAGCGCGAAGCCAAAGAAACCGACCAAAGAUCCAGUAAAAAAGGCAACCAAUUCUAAGGCAAAGCCGGCUCGCAAAUCGAUUGGCACGCUGACACAGCCUAAAGGCAAGCAGAAGGUGGCAGCCAAAUCGAUUAAAAAGCUGGUCGCAGCAAAAAGCAUCGAUCAAUUUAAUGAUGAAACCGAAACUGCUGAAUACACAGAUAUGGAGGCAGCCGAUUCGUCAACACCGCUGGCUUCUGGCAAACAGAAACGCAAGGGACGGGCAGUAAAGUAACUCAACUAAUUUAUUUUUUACAUGUUUUAUUUUCAAUUAUUUUAUGUUAUUUUAAUGUAUUAUUUCAUUCUAAAUGUAUUCUGUUAAAUGUAAUUCAUAUUUUAAAGUCCCAAUAUCAUUAUAUUCAAAAAUAAAGAAAAUUACUUUAAAGCUUAAA